AUGUAUGAAAUCCGACACUCAUGGAUCCCUGCCUAUUAUAAGGACACACCGAUGUUUGGACUAAUGAAAACAACAUCAAGAUCUGAGAGUUUGAAUUCGUAUAUUAACAUAUACGAAUCGUACUGGUUUGAUUUGGUUCAAUUCCUUAAUAAUUACGACGUAGCUAUAGAGAAACAAAGAUACAGACAAUAUAUCCACGAAAAUGUCACGAGAACGACUAAUCCAAAGUUUGCUACUCCGUUGCGUUUAGAAAGUCAUGCAUCAAGCAUAUACAGUCGAAACGUGUUUUUUGACAUCCAAAAGGAAAUAAAGAAGGCUGUUUGGUUUUGUAAUAUUGAGACCGUCGAAUGCCGGGAUGAGUUAAAGUCAUUCGUGAUAAGCCACAAGACCAAGAAAUCAUCUGACAAAAUUACGUAUCAGGUGUGCCGUAAUUUCUCAACAAACACAGUCGAAUGCGAUUGCAACCUAUUUACGCGUAACGGGUAUCUUUGUUGUCACGCUUUCAAGGUACUGAUAAACGACGAAGUUGAAUGCAUUCCGAAAAAAUACGUAUUACGUCGUUGGAAGCGACAGUUAGUUCCAAUUCAGAUACAAUCUGCAAGAAUGCGUUAUGGGGAUGUUGAUGCCGAAAAAGAUAAAUGUAUAAUUGAUGUAUAUUCCAAGGUCGACGACAUAGUAAGCAUCGGCCGCAAUGAUAAAUCUAUAUUGGCUAAACUGGGGCGUAACCUCGACAAAUUCAUGGGUGAUAUAGAGAAGGAAGUUCCAUAUGAAGACCGAUCACAACAAAAGUUGGAUGUGAUUAGAGACCAUCUAGAUGUUUCCAUACCUGAUGAGGUAGACAUUCUACCACCUUCUGGAAUAAGGAACAAGGGUUGUGGCACUGGCAAGAGGCUGGAUAUUUUCCGUUGCUUAGUUGUUGCUGUCAAACUGACGUAUGUUCGUGCGACGUCGUUGCCUUGUAGUUUAGAUUUCGGUUAA